AUGAGUGGUAAUAAGACUACGACCAUAGUUGCAAGGUUUGGGUUACAAUCAUUUGUGAUAUUGCUAGUGAUCAUACCCUACCUCUAUAUACUCAACUAUGCCAUAUUCCCGUGGAUGCACGAUGUAACCACCUUUAUGAGCUCUGUAUUUCAUUCAAUUCUCGCAACGGCGCUAACUUGCCUCGUCUUAAUAUCCUAUAUACUCGUCAGUUCAACCAGCCCUGGUGAUUUUAACGAUACUUUAUCACCUUCUUAUUAUUUACUUUAUCCAAUCUCUUCUAUAAAUUCUGAAGAAGAUAAAAAAUUUUGUACAAAAUGUAAUCAACAAAAACCAGAAAGAGCACAUCAUUGCAGUAGUUGCAAAAAGUGUAUUUUAAGAAUGGAUCAUCAUUGUCUGUUUAUUGGCAAUUGUGUUGGUCUAUUCAACCAGAAAUAUUUUGUUUUAUUCCUAUUCUACGCUUCACUUUCCAUAUUUUAUUUCUUUUAUUUAUUGGUUUCAAGAUCAUUGGAAGUAUUAUUGGAUUCAACUCCUCAACAAACGGAAUAUAACUUUUUAGAUAUAUCAAAAUUAUUUUUAAUUGGAUCAUUGACAAUAUCGAUGGUGAUUAUAGAGAUAUCAAUUACAUCAAUGUUGGUGAAUCAAUUGUGGUUGUUGGGGAAUAAUAUGACGACGAUCGAACAUGAAGGUACUAAAAGAAAACUAUACGGACGAAAGGUGUUACCACACCAACUCCAACAAUACCAAGACCAAUUACGACGUAGCGACAAGGGUUGGAUACAUAAUUUUUCAACUGUAUUUGGUAAUCCAUCUUUAUCUUGGAUUCUACCAGUACCACCUCAUAUAUUAAAAAAUGGUUACCAGCAAAGAAAGGGUGACAUUAUGGAAGUUUAA